GUGGGGCUGUAUUGGAGCGCUCUAAGACCUUGUAGCAGUACUACUGACCCACAUUCCAUGGCACUUUAAAAGGGAUCUGGUUAUAAUAGUGAGGACAUCCACUUAAAAAAAAAAACUAGGUCAGGAAAGAGGACUAUAUAGUUAUCAAGAAGACACAACCUCUUCCUCAUACUUUAUCAAACACUCGCCAGAUACAUUAUCUCCUGCGCACAGGUAAAAACCGUAUGUCAUUUUAAGGAUAAUCAGGCGCCGCACUUUUGCUGGAUAUUCUGCACGUUUACAGUAUUUCAGUGCAGUGGAAUGAGUGUUAUCACUGGUUGGAGACGCAGCGUGAAGAAAAAUGGCAGCAAAGGGGACGCCCUGCAGGCGAAAGAAAUCUCAGCCGACCCCAAUGGCUCCCCAACACUGUUGUCCGUCAUAAACAGUACAGAACUUGACCCCAUCCUCACAGAUUUCAAGUUACAGUUACCAGACAACAAAGAGGCACUCAACACCACAGAAGCAUCAAACACGUCCAAGAAGUCGGACCUGUCUUUGGCCCUGGAGGACUGCAUGGCAGCAAUGGACCUGUUCCUGAGGAAUGACUUUGAUGAGGCCCUGUCCAGGCUUCGCUGCAGAACCAAAGACAGCAUGUACCAUGCACUCACAUACGCCACCAUACUGGAGAUGCAGGCCAUGAUGACCUUUGACCCGGAGAACAUCCUGGCAGCUGGUAACACCAUGAAGGAGGCUCAGGCAGUGUGUCAGCGGUUCCGCAAGAAGUCAACCUUUAGCAACAGAAACUCCACAGAAGAGGAACUCCAUGCUGAAGUCUGCUAUGCAGAAUGUCUCCUGCAGAGGGCAGCACUCACCUUCCUUCAGGAUGAAAACAUGGUCAGUUUCAUCAAGGGAGGAAUUAAAGUGAGGAAUAGCUACCAGACAUAUAAAGAGCUUCAUACGGUCCUCCAGUCCUCAAGCUACGUCCAUGGUGACAAUCAUGGGCAUUUUGAAGGCGGGGUCAAGCUUGGAGUGGGAGCCUUCAACCUGAUGAUCUCCAUGCUGCCCACUCGGACCCUCAGGUUGCUGGAGUUUGUGGGUUUCUCUGGAAAUAAGGAGUUUGGCUUGCAGCAGCUGACGGAAGGCGCAGCAGGGCAGACGUUCAGGUCCUUCCUGUGUAAUAUGCUGCUGCUCUGCUACCACACCUUCAUGAGCUUCAUCCUGGGCACUGGGGAAGCGGAUGUGGAGGAUGCAGAGAAACUCCUUCAGCCAUAUCUCAAACGGUAUCCUAAGGGAUCCAUCUUCUUGUUCUUCGCUGGUCGAAUUGAGGUUAUCAAAGGAAACCUGGAUGCUGUGAUGCGCUUUGAGGAGUGCUGUGAAGCUCAGCAGCAGUGGAAUCAGUUCCAUCACAUGUGCUACUGGGAACUGAUGUGGGUGGUUUCCACAUACAAGAGACAUUGGAAGAUGGCCUACUUCUACGCUGAUCUGCUCAGCAAAGAGAAUGCAUGGUCCAAGGCAACAUAUGCGUAUAUGAAAGGUGCCUACCUCAGCAUGCUGACCAGGGAGGAAUGCCAACCAUUCAGGGAGAGRGAGGUAGCGCUAUUCAGGCAGGUACAUGGGCUUAAGCAGAAAAUUGCUGGAAAGUCUUUGCCAACUGAGAAGUUUGCCAUCCGAAAAGCCCGUCGCUACCUGACUGAGAACCCAGUUACACUACCUGCACCUCCUCUGGAAAUGAUGUAUAUCUGGAACGGCUACACAAUCAUCGGGAAACACAAAGACCUGACAGAGGGCAUGCUGAAAACACUGGACGAGGCACAGGCGAAACUCGAAAGUAGCCCAAGGACCGAGUUCUCCAUAGACGACCAGUGUCUGCUGAGCCUGCUUAGAGGUCUCUGUCUGAAGCACCUGGGACACCAGGAGGAGGCUGAGCACUACUUCACCCUUGUCCUCUGCAAUGAAACACAGAUCAAGUUUGAUCACUACUUGGUUCCCAAUGCACUGCUGGAGCAUGGGCUGCUAUGUCUGGAACAAGGGAGGAAGGAGGAGGGAAUCAAACUACUGGAGACGGCCAAGCAAAGUUACAAAAACUACUCCAUGGAAUCGCGGACACAUUUCAGAAUCCAGGCWGCUUUGCACAAGGCCAAGGCCACAGGCGAGAAUGGAAUUCACACCAUGCCCUCCAGCCCGUAGCUGGUGUGGACAAAACAGGCCCAAAGUCCAGCCAUCCCAAAGUGCACAGCCCAAUGCAGCAGGGAUGAGGCAGAGUACCAAAUCACCCACUACCAGCAACAAGUGCUUGAC